AUGGCUUCUCCUUCCAAGGCGAAGGAGGUUUUCUCCUCCGACGAGGAGGGCCCGGCGGCCGGCGCCGAGGAGCACCACAAAGUCAAGGUGUCCAGUUUGCCGUUCAGCGUGGAAGCCCUCAUGUCCGACAAGAAACCCCCCAAAGAGCUGCCGUUGGCCGCGCCGGGGGGUAGCGCCGACGGGGCGGCGGUGGUGGGCACCUCCAGGAACCUGCUGCUGCCGGGCCACGGCUCUCGGGAAGCUCAGAGUCCCCCCGGGGCGCUUACAAAAACCUUCGAUACCGCUUCGGUCAAAUCGGAGAACUCGGAGGACGGCGCGUCCUGGAUCCAAGAGGCCGGGAGAUACUCGCCUCCACCAAGACACCUGAGCCCCACUGCUUGCACCCUGAGGAAGCACAAGACAAAUAGGAAGCCUCGAACUCCAUUCACCACUUCCCAGCUGCUGGCUCUGGAGCGCAAGUUCCGCCAGAAGCAGUAUCUGUCCAUCGCCGAGAGAGCCGAGUUCUCCAGCUCACUCAACCUCACAGAGACACAGGUCAAAAUCUGGUUCCAGAAUCGGAGGGCCAAGGCCAAGAGACUGCAGGAGGCUGAGCUAGAGAAGCUCAAAAUGGCAGCAAAGCCCAUGUUGCCAUCAGGGUUCAGCCUUCCUUUCCCCAUCAACUCUCCUAUCCAGGCUGCCUCACUGUAUGGAACAUCCUACCCCUUUCACAGACCUGUGCUUCCUAUCCCACCUGUUGGACUCUAUGCUACUCCCGUUGGAUAUAGCAUGUACCACUUAUCCUAA